GUGGUUUGGCGAGGAUCUUUUUUGAGGUAGUGACGGUCGUGUGGACGGUUCGCGUUGGUUUGUACGAGCGCUCGCGAGCUUUACUACGCUGAUGCAUCAGUUGUUUGUGCUAAUCGCUACUUUGUAGUCCUAGUUGAGUGACUCUUCGUGUAAACUCGAGUAAUGACUCGACAGCGAUCGGUUCCUGUGGUGGUUCCAGUCGGUCCACGUCCGUCCUACGGUGGUGUUGAGGGUGCGGUGCGUUUUUAGCCUGUACCUUGAAAGCCAACGAUGUAACAUGGCGAUGGUCGCGUCGAAUAUGAGUGGUCAUAUACAAAAACAGUUGACCCGCUCCUUGGAGCGGAUUUUGGAAGAGGCCCACCUGAGUGGCGAGCUCAAACUCAGCGGGCGCAAGCUCAAGGAGUUCCCGAAAACCGGUGUCAAGUACAACUUGUGCGACACCGUUACCGCAGAUUUGUCGAAGAAUCGGUUUGCAGAACUACCGGAAGAGGUGACAGAGUACCCUUUUCUCGAGAAGCUGCAACUUUAUCACAAUGCUAUACGAGUGAUUCCCGAUACCGUUGUGAUGCUCCAGUCCCUCGCUUACCUGGACUUAAGUCGUAACCAACUGACUACCCUUCCUCGCGAAGUAUGCAGACUUCCGUUGCAAACUUUGCUAGUAGCGCACAACAGACUGGUCUCACUUCCGGAAGAAUUGGGCAGGAUGUCAGCCCUCGCCGAACUCGAUGCCGGCUGCAAUGAAAUAUCAACCCUUCCCCCAAGGAUCGGCGAUUUGCCCAGACUAAGGAGCCUCGAUCUCAGGAGCAAUCUUUUGGUACAACUACCCAUUGAGUUGACUUACCUUCGACUGGUGAAACUUGAUAUCAGUGGUAACAGGAUAUCUGUGCUGCCCAACGAACUUAGAAAAAUGAAGAGCUUGAUCGACCUCAACCUCACCGAGAAUCCUUUAACCUCACCUCCUGCAUCGUUAUGCGCACGAGGGCGCAUCCACAUUUUCAAGUAUCUGGAAAGACAGGCCGCAAAGCACGAGAGAGCCAGAGGUGGUAGGGCCCGGCGCGGACCACUGGAGGCUCGAGGACAUGCCACUCUCGACACAAGGCCUCAUAGACGCCACAAUGUCGACAGUGGAUACAGCACCAGCGAUGGAGUCGAUAAGAGAUGGUCACAAGAAAUAAAUUCUGGGGUACACGAGGGUGAUAUUCGUGGCACUUGGCGCCAGGAGUGUUCGCCGCUUUCUAUUGCCUUACCUGCCCGAGACGCAGGCAUAAAUGGUUCGUGCAGUGGUACCUCGACUCCCAGUACUAUUUCGCCAGGAGAACAUACCUCGCUGGAAGAUGAGCUUGGAAAGGUAGGCAAGGCCAUGAUACUCCACGACCAACUGGAGAAGAGGAGGUUGGAUACCAGCGUGCCUGAAAAUGUUGGGGAUCCCAGAAGAUUGACGUCUGCUCAUUGCCCUAUCUCGACUAACGCACCGAGUCAUUUGGAAAGUAUCCCGUUGACCCAAAUCGUACAACAACCCCUUGGCACCUCGCAAUCCAUGCAACCCAUUCAAACGACAGGCAACAAUUCGCCACAGGUCAACGGUGAUGAAAAGAGGCCCUUGAAUCACAUUCAGACGUACAGAGAAUACAAAGAGGCGCUGAGGCAGCAGAGGGUAAACGAGGGUCCGAGCGUGUACAGGCUCCGUGAGCAGGUCAUGCCUCCCGGCAAUGAAUCUAACAACGAAUCGCAGAGCAACGAAUCAGACGCUGCCAUCCACACCAAAGAUAACUCCCAAACUAAUAAGCAAAUAUUCACCGAGGAAAACUCCCUUAAAAGGCCCGUACAAAAAGUAACACCUUCUCGGAUAAAUUAUCAAAAUAGCGGGAUCUUCAACGGGAGCAGUAACAACGAGUAUAAUAAUAAGAAUGGGAAACCAAUGGAACAAGCUUACAGGAAGCCGAACUCACCUGUGAAAUCUUCAAGCGGUAUUUCGUCAAUGAAUUCCAGUCCCAGUCACACGCCCAGGCUGGUCAAAACUGCUAUGGGAUACGUCGAUGGUAACAAGAGUCCGAACAGAAACAAUGGGAGUCCGAAAGCGGCACGUUCGGUCACUUGGAACAGCAACAUGCCUGAAAAAUAUUCAUUCACUAUGAGGAGAGAGUUUGAACGAGCCAAAGAAGAAGCUGACCUCAUCGAACAGCUGCGAAAUCACAUAGAGACCAGGCUGAAGAUGGCCCUUCCCGAAGAACUGGCACCAGCGUUAACGGACGGAGUUGUUCUCUGCCACUUGGCAAACCACGUCAGACCUCGCUCUGUCGCUAGUAUUCACGUUCCUUCCCCUGCAGUGCCAAAGCUGACCAUGGCGAGGUGCAGGCGGAAUGUGGACAAUUUCCUCGAGGCCUGUCGGAAAAUCGGAGUUGAUGAGGAGGUGUUGUUGGACGGGGAAGCAAUCAUGGACGUGGGUUACAUGGACGCCUAUGGGCUGGAGGCUCUCGGGCGUCUUGUAUCGUCGCUCGUUGAAUUUGAGGGCUCCAAGGAACCUGCAGGUUCAUCUCGUACGAUUCAGGACCACGUCCUCUCCGCGAUGCUUUUUGCCACCUUUAUUACCACCCUGAUGCUAUUAUACGUAUUCCCUUUACCAGAAUAGGAACUUUCAUUUCUAAAAAAUUUCAAUCGAGACGUAAUUUUAUUUCGCCGCAAACAAACUCUAUAAUAGUUUGCUAUGAUAUCUGCCGUGUAGUUUGUAGAAUAUCGAGCUGCUUCAAUGUAAUCUCAUUAUGUACACAAGUGAACAAAGGUGCUUAUAAUUAAUAUUCACAUGUCUUGGCAUUGGGAUAAAACAUAAAAAAAAAAACAAAUUAUCUUUAUUCGAUGGAGCGGUAAUUCCCAUGGCGAACUAUCUCGUCAGUAAUUAAUCUAGCUUUGUAAUGAUAAUAUGUAAUCACAUGCCUUCAAAUAUUGGUAACUAGUAUACCCGGUAUAAUCGACCAAUACUCUAAGGCUCCUUUGAAAUAAUAGCGUACAACAGAUCAGGGUCACCGCGUACCUGUUUCUGUUUAUUUAUUUUCUCAAAUACGCGUUCAGAAAAAUCAUAAAUGUGAGGACUAUGCCCAUGCAUAGGAGCAUUCGUUACAUAUUGUAGGUAUUUAGCAUUAAUCAAUUUAUUGUGGAGGUCCGAUCGCGGGAUAAAAGUUGGUACGUGGAAUCAGUUACUUCCGUAGAAUAAAUUGCAUCGUAUUGCAAUCCUAUUGGAUGAUAGUUUUGGAUUUACAUACAUUUUUAUAAAUGCAUCUUGCAAGUAAAAUUAGAAAUUUUUCAUGGAACUCGUAAUUUUGUACACGCAUCUUUAGGUGCAUAUAUAUUCUAAGCCAAAAAGUAUUUGUACAAAUUAGUGAACCACAUUUGGUAGUUUUUAAUAUACCGCAACUAAUUCAGGGAGGGAAUGCUGAGGCUAGUUAUAUUUUCAUAGUAAUCUAUCACCUUGGAAAUGAUGAAACGUUUGGUGCAAUGAUGUCAACUCGUAUUAUAAAUCUAUGGAAAACGAACGCGAUGUUGUCAUUGAACAUUAGAGUUUCUAGUCUCAAAGGAAUGUUCCAUCUAGUCACAAUGUCCAGUUUACACAACUGCUUUUAUUACGUUGCUGGAAAUCAUUGGACAUUCUAUAAUAUUACCUAUUUAAGAAUUUUAUUUUUUACGUCUAAAAAAGCAAUUUUAUGCUGGCCUCCUAUUUUUAUAAAGUGAUACUUGGCUUCGUCGAACUCAGAUCAACGUACAAGUUGUCAAAUAGAGUGCGAGUCGGGUGACUUAUUUAUUAUUUUUUUGUAAAUGGCUCUAAAAUUGUAUCCGCUGUUUGAUCGAGAGCAACUUGUACGUCGACAGAGUUCGCGGGUGUGCUUGAACUGUAAAUAUUUAUUCAUGCCUAAAUAUGCGCAUGCAUGGUCAAUAUGUCAUGCAUUAUUCCAAUUGUGGUAACAGUAUUAUUAAAAUUCGGUCCUCAUUGAUGCACCGGAAGACUGGAUUUGAAAGGUAGCGUUAGCUUGUGGUUUCAACGACCGUUCUUAUCAAAGGAAAAUAUCAUUUAUUGUGAACGACUCGAUUGUUCGAGGUGAAAUCAUAUUCAUUGCUUCGUUUUCUACAUCUGUCACGUCUAUACGAUUAUUUAUACUAUGUAUGAUUGGUGCUUGGAUUUUGUUAGAAGCUAGAAUAAGCGUUAUUGCCUUCGACCGUUGCAUUUAUUGCUAAUUUAUUUAAAAUUCUUUAUCUAUUGGAAGGAUUUGUCAAGGGAUGGUAGAUGUAUAGAUACACCGUGUACCUUUUUAUUCACCUACCUAUACAUAUACAGCUGUACUCGACGAGUAUAUGAUUCGGUUGACCCAACACAGAUGCUCAAAUUAUCUGUCUGCAUAAACUGUAUUCACUGUAACGCUGCAGCUUGAGACUGAAAUUCACUACUUCCUCUACCGUGCAUAUCGAUAAUAUCUUAUCAUUGGAACUGAUCAAAAUUCAAUUUGGCACUAACCAACCGUCCAGCUGCAGGAUCUGCUUUGAACCGUGAUUUAUUCCGUGAAUAUACACCUAUUAACGUGCGCGAUCACCGACCCGACAUAAUUUCUUCUGAUGUCCCACGCGGACUGUGAUCACACGUAUAAUAAGAAUGGUGUUAUCCACUGCUUCUGCGAGAUUUGUUCGAUCCGAAGUCGAUCGACGUACAGAGUACCGAGCUCUGUUUUAUACAUGGGUACUUUAUCACAUCACUGUACUGAUACAUAUCUCAUAUUGUGUGAAUGCGAUACGAUUACACCCUUGUAAUAAUAUUAUUUGCUAAUAAAAUAUUCAUUUUGUACCGAC